ACUUUCCGCACCACUAGUUUAUUGACCCCCCAUCUGGCUCUAACACUUCGCCCCGGGUCCAAAAAAAAAAACAUUUUGCUAGUAUUUGGCAGGAAGGCGACCGUAGGGAAUGCGACGCCGGAGGCUUGAUAUUACCAACCGGCAGAACGCCCUCGCGGGCCAUCGCCGAGCUCUUCCGCACUGUGGAGCGUGAGCAUGGAGCCUACCGCCGGAUCCUCGCAUUCUCAGUCUCGCAUGGCUACAAGUCAGUGCGACGGGCACUACCCCGUGAUAUCCGGAAAAGACGUCAAGUACCCGAUCCAUCGACUUCACAGCGCUCGACGGCAAGGAAAGAAAAUGAUGAAGAAGAUGAUGCAGUCGGCGGUGCAUAGCGACUGUGGCGCUUGAGGGCUGAGGACCGCCAAAUGUAGGGCCACAGAGAGGUGGGGUACUUUGUGCCCAAUCACGGACGAGGACGGUUCAGAUGCGGCUGAGCGUCGGGCACCGAUCCAGCCGAACGUCGGGUUGAAAGGGGAUUUCCCUCUCCCCGCCCCUCAAGACACUUUAUUCCUUAGCGAACAUACGCAGUUGACCGUCAAUUUGCCUCCAUUAGAUGCCAGUGCCUCCCUUCCAACUGGCCUAUACGUUCACCACCAUGUCUCCAUACGAUGAGCGUUUGCCGAAAGGCAGUGUGCGGUUACUCCAGCUUCUGCCCCAUCAAGACCAGAAUUCCCGCAUAGAAUGUCGACUCAUUACCUGCUCUAUGUUGGACUCAGGAAGAACCCAUCCCUACGAGGCCCUAUCGUACGUAUGGGGAUCUGAGAAAAACAAACUGUCUAUUUAUAUAGACGGCGUUGAGCAGUCUGUCCGGGCAAACCUUCACCAUGCACUUUCGCAUCUUCGAGAUUGCUUUGUGGAGAGGGUCCUAUGGAUAGAUGCUAUCUGCAUCAACCAAGACGACAACGAGGAAAAAGGGCAGCAGGUUCAGUCUAUGGCAAAGAUUUAUGCCAAAGCAAGUCGAGUAAUUGUGUGGCUUGUAGACCCCCCAGACAGCGGAGAUCAAUCGGACAACGGAGAUCAAGCGGGCGGCGGGGGUCGAGCCCUCGAAGCAAUCCGUGCUGCUGCUGCUGCUAAACAUGCUGCUGCUGAAGAGCAGCGUGUGGAUUCCCAACUGGACGAAAGGGAGCGGCGAGCAAUCCUCGGUCUACUUGAACGGAAAUGGUUCCGGCGCAUCUGGGUCCUUCAGGAGGUUGCUGCAGCUCGACACGUCCUGAUCAAGUACGGUUCUACGGAAAUCGACGGAUAUGCGUUCUGCUUGGGCUUGGGCGUACUUGGGCCGUUCUAUAAAACGCACCCGAACCUGCAGGCCCUAAUCCCACCGAUAGCCCAUCUCAUAAAGGACGCAAUCUUCCGGCGCCGGCAUGACAGAAACGACACUAGUCGGCCAGCCAGGUUUUCCUUAAAUAUCCGCCCUCUAAAUGAGCUGGUGGAUAUGUACCACACUCGCCAGGCUACCAACCCUCUCGACAAAGUUUAUGCCUUGCUUGGCAUGAGCUCGGAUGAUCCUAGGAUCAAAGUCGACUACAAAUCCUCGUGGAAUGACCUUUUUCGCGAACUUGUUAACUUCAGCCUCCCCAGUGCGGUGUCUGUCAGCACAUGGGACGCCAAGGAGGUAGCAGUGGUAGAAGCCAAUGGCUACGUUUUUGGGGAAGUAUCCUCCGCCGGGGAUGAUAUGGAAAUCACUUGGAAGACUGCACCCGACCAUCCCGAUGCGGAGGUGGAACCCAAAUCUCGGUUCGCCUUCCAGGCUUCAGCAAAGGCCAUCGAAAAAGGCGAUGUUGUUUGCCUUCUGCAGGGAGCAUCAAGGUCGACAAUCAUCAGGCCGUGCGACGGUUUUUCGACCAUUAUCAGGAUUGCGGGUCCCCCUACAGACCGUCUGCCUAAGUGGUCACACUCAAUAACGACCUUUCCCACCGAUUUGGUGCUUGUUUGGGACUGGGACGAAUCUCGAAGAAAAUCGCAAGCCGGAGAAAGCUAUGAGUACUUCGUGAGCAGUCGAGGAGUUCCUCAAUGUCCUAGGACCAGGUGCCGGUGCCAAGGUCAUUUGGACAAAGCGGCCAGAUUAUGGAAUUCCGGAAUGCUACUGAACGGAAUGGAACGAUAUGAAGAGGCAGUAAAGUCUUUCCGAAAGGCCAUGGGGGUUUAUGGGACUGGGGCAGCAUUGAGAAGUGUGGACAACACAUCUCCUGGGCACGGGCCUUGGAGAGAGGUGGAUAGGAAGGUGCUGGGGAUAAUGGAUAGCCCCUUUUUCAAAGAUGAAGGCGCCGCCAUGGAAGCAAAGUAUACAGAGCACGGCCGGACGCCGUUGUCGUGGGCCGCCGAAAACGGGCACGAGGCCGUCGUCAAGCUGCUGGCGGCGGGGAAGGCCAACGUUGAGGCGAAGGAUAAAUACGGGCGGACGCCGCUGUCAUGGGCCGCGGCGAACGGGCACGAGGCCGUCGUCGAGCUGCUGCUCGCUACAAGUAAAGUCGACGUCGAGGCGAAGGACAGUAACGACGGGUGGACCCCGCUGUCAUGGGCCGCGGCGAACGGGCACAAGGCCGUCGUCGAGCUGCUGCUCGCUACAGGCAAAGCCGACGUCGACGCGAAAGAUAAAUACGGGCAAACGCUGCUGUUAUGGGCCGCGGCAAACGGGCACGAGGCCGUAGUCGAACUGCUGCUCGCUACAAGCAAAGCCAACGUCGACGCGAAGGAUAAAUACGAGCGUACACCGUUGUCGUGGGCCGCCGAAAACGGGCACGAGGCCGUAGUCGAACUGCUGCUCGCUACAAGCAAAGCCAACGUCGACGCGAAGGAUAAAUACGAGCGUACACCGUUGUCGUGGGCCGCCGAAAACGGGCACGAGGCCGUCGUCACGCUGCUGGCGGCGGGGAAGGCCAACGUUGAGGCGAAGGAUAAAUACGGACGGACGCCGCUGUCAUGGGCCGCGGAGAACGGGCACGAAGCCGUAGUCGAACUGCUGCUCGCCAUAGGCAAAGCCAACGUUAACGCGAGGGAUAACCGCAGGCGGACGCCGCUGUCAUGGGCCGCGGAGAACGGGCACAAGGCCGUCGUCGAACUGCUGCUCGCCACAGGCAAAGCCAACGUUAACGCGAGGGAUAACCGCAGGCGGACGCCGCUGUCAGAGGCCGCGGCGAACGGGCACAAGGCCGUCGUCGAACUGCUGCUCGCUACAGGCAAAGCCGACGUUAACGCGAAAGAUUUACAAGGGCGGACGCCGCUGUCAUGGGCCGCGGUGAACGGGCACGUAGCCGUUGUUAAGCUGCUGCGCGCCAGGCGGAACUGGCACGCCGCUAUCGCGAAACUUUUCGAAUAACGACUUUACCGCCUCCCCUCCUUCCACCCGGCACCUGCCCUUACUUAUAUACCUUGAGCGUGGCGAAUAAAAAGCCCCAAAAUGUAAAAGAAUGUUGUUAAGCCGAUUUUUGUUAAGUGGUGGAAGCUCCGUGUGGCAAUUACGUAGGAAAUUUUAGUUCCGGUGGAUUAGCUUUCGCGACCACCGCGUCGUAAACGCCGGCCUCUUAGACGAUCGCGGCUGUAACUAUGGGAUUGGAC